AUGCAAACAGAGCCUCCAUCCCCACCUGAUCAAGACCCUUCCUUAGUAACCCAAAUCUCAGACUUGCAUGACACCAUUGAGAAAAAGGAAGCUCAGCUUUUGGACGCUAAGUCAACAGUUCUUGAGCAAUUACAGGAGCUAUCAAGAGUAAAAAGCAGCCUAGAUCAGUCCUCAACUGAUGCAAGGGACUGGAAGGCCCAGUUUGAAAGCAAAAGGGUGGCCCUCGAAGCAGAAGAGAGACAUUCUGCUAAUUUAAAGCAAAUGCUCCUAGAGACUCAGAAAAAACUUAGUCUGGGUCAACCCCAGCAAGACCAGAGCGGGCGAAGCUCACCGAGCGAUCAACAGACGCUCCAAUACCCUACCUUUCGACCGAGUCGUGUCCCCAAAGGACAUUCGGGUCAAUCAAGUCCUGACAACACCGGACGGAACCCUGGUCAUACUUUGUCGCCCCUCUCCCAACCAACACCUUCUGGGUAUCAUUCACAAGGGCCACAAUACUCUCUCGGCCCCACAGGGCUAUCUCUGAGCUACCAACUUCAGUCCACGCCUGCUGCUCGUCAAGCGGCAUAUCCCACAGACAGGGAUCUUGACAAAAUGGCUCGUAACAUCACACGAUUUGAACUCGGUCGUAAAGGUUCAGAAGACCCAAGCACCUACUUGAAAGACAUCGACUUCUACUUGAGGAAGUUUCCAGGUGCUCUUGUGGAUGACAAAAUCUACUUGAUCAAAGCUACCUCCAAUCGAGAGGUUAGCAGCUUCAUUGAAUGACAACCCCGUCGGGUCAAGAACGACUAUGACCUGCUGUGCCAGGCAUUAAUUGACAAGUUCUCUGACUCCCUUACACCCACUGGUUUAGCCGCUGCACUGUUAGUCAAACAGGAGAGACAGGAAUCUCCCCAGUCAUACUACAGUUGCCUGCGCCAGGCUUACUUUGGUUGUCAAAAUUAACCUGAAAUGGAGGAAGAUCUAAACUUUAAAACUUUGUUUAUUCAAAACCUCCAUCCGACCACGAGUCAUCAUCUUGGUGUCGUUGCUUGUCCCCGAACCUUAAACAGCAGACAGCUCCGCGAACUGGCUGUAAAAGGCUUCGCUAAACAGCGACACACCCAAUCUAAAAGAUCUGAACCCGGUACUGUCUUGGCUGUGGACACAAGGUCCUAUUCUAACACAAAAGGAGCCUCUACAAAACACAGGUCUGGCUGGGAGUCGAGACAACAGAAUGAGAGAGAGAGCUCCUCCAGCAGCCACCCUUUUCACAGCUUCCCUCCUCAGCUGCUGUCCAAUCAGGCCAGAGUCCUCUCCUGGAAAACAAAACAGACACAGGAACAGCACCUACCACAGGUAGGGAGGGUUACCCACAAACAAAAUGUGCUGAUGAAAAUAAAACAGGAAUCAUAUGACCCCUGGUCAUAACAGUCACCCCUUGAGUCGAUUCCUUUCCUCAUUGGUCAAGACCUCUUAAAACGGUUUGAGCCCCUGAUCGAUUAUCGACAGCUGAAAAUAUGGGCACAGGUCCGCAGACCAUUACCCAUACCAGCAACCGACAGAAAUCAGGCUCAGUGUUACGCCCUGACGCGUGAACUUGCUACAAGCACACCGGCAAGUGUAAGCUCACCGGAGCAACCCUACUUGUCUGACGAUGAGCCACAACAUUGCUCGUGGCCUUUCGAUGACUCAGUCAUGAAAAGAGACAUGUUUUUGUGCAAAUUGGACGACACCAAUGGACCUGAAACCCCCGGGCCAUUGAUCACUGAUGGCGUUAAGUUGAAUGAGAAUCACAUCAACGAUGUGAUUUUGGCUAUUUGGGCUGACAAAUGGGCCAUCAGCGGUGAACUGUAUGACACCUUGUCUAGGGAUGACCCAAACCUUCAGUGUGUUCGGAAAGCAUUUCGCUUCCCCUUGGACUCCCUUCCUCAAGCUACCAUGACCGCUGAAGGCGCCUGUGCCUUAACUGUGCGAUGGAACAAAAGGGAGAUGACUCACCACUUCUUGGUCAUCCCAGACCUACCACAUCAUGUCUACAUGGGAAGUGAUAUACUGGUCAGGUUGGCAGUCCAAGUUGAUACCAUUAACAACGUUAACGCUCUUAGCCGAGGCAGACGCCCUGAACGGCGAAGAGGAGUGUGA